AUGUCUGAAAAAUCAGCUAGCAAUAACAAAGCUGAAUUCAAAAGGCAGUCAUCGCCAUUCAGAGAAAUCAUCUCUGCGGAUCACCCAAUUUAUAAACCUGCUAAGGGAAGGUACUGGCUGUAUGUGGCGCUACCAUGCCCAUGGGCACAAAGAACCUUGAUCACCAGGGCCCUGAAAGGGCUAGCGCCUAUAAUCGGGUGCAGUGUAGCGCAUUGGCACCUGGAUGACAAAGGCUGGCGAUUCCUUGAAGAAGGAGAUGGGAAAACCAAUGAAAGGCACUGGUUUGACAUUGCAGGCGGAAUUAGCUCAGUAAAUUUAAAUACCAGUACUCCUGUGGCUAACAUACCCAAUAACGCGCAUCGGUUGUUGGUCGACGGAACAGAUGAACCGCAUUACGGGUACAAGAGACUAAGCGACUUCUAUUUCAAAACAAAGCCAGACUAUAAGGGAAGAUUCACCGUACCUGUUCUUUGGGACUUGGAAACAUGCACUAUAGUAAACAAUGAAAGCAGUGAUAUCAUCGGAAUUAUGAAUUCCGCUGCGUUUGAUGAGUUUGUCGGCGAAGAAUACCGUCAAGUCCGUCUGGUACCUCGGUCUCUAGAGGCACAGAUUACAGAGUUCAACUCUUGGGUGUACGAUAAAAUCAACAACGGUGUAUACAAGGCCGGUUUUGCAGAAUGUGCAGAGGUAUACGAGAGGGAGGUAACAAGCCUUUUUCAAUAUCUUGACAAAUUGGAAAAUCUUCUGGACAAGAAGUACACAGAUUUGGAGGCGGAGUAUGGUAAGAACAACAAGGACAAGAUACUAGAUCGCUACUUUGCCAUCGGAGACACUCUGACCGAGGCGGACGUGAGACUCUACCCAACGAUAGUAAGGUUCGACGUGGUAUACCAUCAACACUUCAAAUGCAAUCUGGCCACCAUCAGAGAUGAUUAUUCCCGUAUACACACGUGGCUCAAGAAUAUAUACUGGCGCCACGAAGCCUUCCAGCGCACAACGGACUUUACCCACAUAAAACUCGGAUAUACUCGCUCGCAGCCACGGGUCAACCCGAUUGGGAUCACCCCACUGGGGCCCAAGCCUGAUAUCCGACCUCCAUGA